AUGGUCCUGCCGCGAAAACGAAUCAAGGAGGAGCGUGUGACGCCGGAAAGCGAUGAGGUUUUCAGCUUCUCGAUUUCCGAGGAUGGUCUCACCGCGAAACAAUGCUUUGAAUUGUAUUCCAGUUUUCAUGGCCGACUCGAUUUUUUCAACAAAAUUCCACAAGACGAGCGAAAUCGAUUUUUGACAACCUGUCUGAAAUAUUCGAAAGCGAAAAACAGUCUGAAAUGUCUAAUGUGCCCGAAAACGUUUGUGACCGGCAACGGUCUCAACGGCCAUCUGAAUAAGUGCGAUGGAGUAACGAAGGUGUCGUCGGGCGGACGACGCAGCAAAAUCGAGGCGGUCGAUCCGGAAACGACGACUUUGCCGGACUAUCAAAAGAACCCAUUUUUAUGGCUCAACGUGCCGGAAAACAAGAAAACCGAGACGAUCUCGAGAAUUCUGCGAAAACCCUUUGAGUGUUUUGGAGAGAAUUGCUCGAAAAGUUUUGACACGGCGACAAAGCUCGUGAAACAUCUCAACAGUUGCAUUCAACCGAUGUAUUAUAAUUAUAAGUCGAAGAUUGAUGAGUUCCGCGGUCUCACGCCAGAUGAGCGCCGAAAACUGAUUCGCGACGCGAUCGCCUACAGCAAAACCGGCGAGGUGCCGUGUCUGGAUUGCGAUCGACUUUUUGCUCAUGCCUACGGCCUUCAAUAUCACGUCGAUCGAUGCAAUAUUGAUAAAGAUGAGCAGCCCUGGAAGUGCUAUCGAUGCGGAUUUGUCGGCAAAGGAGGCGAAAGCGCUGAGCAUCUUCUCGAAUGCGCCGAGAAAUUGGUGCAGAACAAAAAGGACUCGUUGCCACAGGAAGCUGCUUCUGCCGGAAAUAAAGUCGGACCAUCACCGCGAACAUCGGUCAAUCGUCACGGCACCGUGAAAUACAGCUAUCGGCGAUCGGUGCUGUCGCGCGACUCGACAAUGCGGCCGAACAAGAUUGAGCAGCGCAAAUACGAAGAGGCGUGCAAGGCGGCGAUGGCGAAAUGGCGAAGCGCACGCGUCGAAUAUUGCGAGAUUUUGGCGAAUUUGCAGCCGGCGAUUUGGACGGCAACGCAACUUCCCGAAGGAAGCAGCUUUCGCGAGAUUUUGAGGAGAAAAUCGGUGACGAUUUGCAAACAGAAAACGAAGAAGCUGAUGAGUCGAGUGCCCGACGGAAUUCGAAUUGACGCCCUCAAAUCGCAAUUGAUUGAUGAGCCGACGAGCUCUGGCUAUUGUACGGCGGCGUAUUGUGGGGCGCCGAUCAAUUCUGUCAAAGUGGCACCGAACGCGAUGCCGAAUGGCGAUGAGGUGAUUUGCUGUACGACAUUCGAGAGCGAGACGAGAUUCGAAAGCGAUUCGAGCAUCGUACACUUUUGGAGGCACCGCAUCGAUGAUAGAUCACAACUCAUUUAUUGGUUCUCACUGUUUCUUGAGAAUCGCGGAACUGUAAUGCACAGCGUUUGGCUCAAUAUACCGGAUGACUCGGGCAUCAUCGGAUAUCUGGCGCUGUCGACGACAUUGGGACAAGUUCUCAUCUAUCGGAUUGACUCGAGCACGGUGGAGCUCGAGAAUCGUGGCGACGGCACGCGGAUUGUGACGGCCGAGCCGCAUUUGAUUCUGAAUCAGCCGGAGGUUUCGCUUGAUGGAUUGGAUUCGGCAGCGGUUGAGGAAGAGAAGGAGAAUGAGACAAUAAUUGAGCGACUGGCGAUCGGUCGGCCUCCGAUCACGAAAAUCUCGUGGAGUGCCGAGACCAACGGAGCGUAUCUCGUCGCCGUCAACGCAUGCGGCGCACUUGUUCUGUGGGAUCUGCGCAAGAGUCUGGAGAAUCCGACGAUCCACGUGGAUCCGAGUUGGGCGUCGCCGGCGUGGGAUGUCGCGUUUUUGGAUGGAAAUAGCGUUGCUGUCGGAUUCCGCGAACGAAUGGUCCGUGUCAUCAAUAUUGUAGAUUUUGUGUCGGGAAUUGAAGAAAAUACGAAUAAAACUGCAGGAUCUCGCGUUUUUUGCGAGCCGCGACUUUUCAAGGGUCUCUUCACGUUCCAGUCCGAGUACAAUUCAUUUCCGGCGCCGAAUUCGAUGGGAAUCUCGUUCAUUUCGAUAAUGGACGGCGAGGAGCGAUACGUGCUGAUUCCGCUGAUGAACUGCCAUCAGCUAAUGAUUUGGGACAUUGCCGUUCAAUUGAACACGGGAUACGUGGUGACGGUUGGCGUUGACGGUCAAAUCCAGGCGUCGCAAUUCGGCAAAUUGCCGAUUAUUGGCGAAACGCUUGCGGCGAAUUGCAAUUUGCACCGGAAUUUGAUGAUUCUGACGAGAAAACGCGUUGAAAAUGAGCCGAUGGUUGUUGGAAUCAAACAGGAGAUUUGCGAGGAGGCCGGCGACGAACCUCCGACGGCCGCCAUCGAGCCGACGUGUUUUGAGCAUGACAGCGUUUGUAGUAAUAUGUGGCUGGAAAUCGAAUUUGAGCAGCUAUCGCGUUAUCAGACACCUCAGACGUGCCGCGAUCAGAGAAUCGAGUCGUUGAAUUGUGUUGAUACGUCGAUUUCGUCGAAAAUACCCACUAUUUUUGCGGGAGGUGAAGCCGGUAUAUUGUUUGCCCUGCCCUGCGAAUUUAAGAAGCGAAAGCAGGGAAAUGCUAUAAAAAUGGAGGUCUGA